AUGCCAAAGGUACAGCAUGUCCUUGUGCUUGGUGGGACCGGUCCCUCUGGAAUCGAUUUCACCAAUCUUGUGCUAUCGAAUCCCAAUGGACCUAAAAUAACUCUCUAUGUUCGCACUCCGUCUAAGCUGCCAAGUGAGCAAAGAGAAGCAGCAGACCCGACACGGUUGCGGGUUGUGAUAGGGGAGCUCGGCGACCAAGCGACGUUAGAACGUGCCUUGAUAGAUCCCGCGACUCCAGUCGACGCGGUAGUUUCCUUUCUGGGUCCCUAUGCAUCCCUCAAAGCGUUCUUGCUACGGACCAAAUCCAGCCCUCUGGCGGACACGUUCCCGACCAUCCUGGCAGCGAUGAAGCAAGCGGGCGUCAGGAGGAUCCUUGCCAUUUCUUCGCCCGCCUGGCUCGUACAGGCCGAGAGUGGCAAGGAAGACGACUUGGGCGAGCACUCCGACCAGAUGUCCUGGGGCUGGUGGCUUGCCAUGCGAUUCGUGGCGUUCAUCCUCCCACAGGGAUCUGUGGAGAUGGAACAGAUUGGGCGAAGAGUCGCCGAAGAGGGCACCCGCGGCGGCUGGGGUAUGAAGUGGACGGUCUUCAGAAUCCCUCGGUUGAACAAUGGGGCAGAGGAUCUGGAAGUCAGUGCUGGAUACCUGGGGCAGGGUUUCGAUGGGUCCAAGGAGUUGAGUCGCAAGAGUAUGGCCAGAUGGCUGGUUAGAGAGUUGGAGGCUGGCGAUUGGAUUGAUAAAGCCCCUGUCGUGUCGAAUCGCCGCUGA